GCGGGAGUCCCUGACAGUGUCUGCAAACUCUGCCAACUGCUGCCGCUGGCGGUGGAUUUUUUUUCUCUAACUUUGCAAAGGCUGCUGAUGGGAGGGGCCUUUGGCCACCUCUCUGUUUUCCAAGCUAAGUUUCAAAACCCCCUCCCGGAGCAAGUACUUUCCUGCCCUAACCACAGCUUCUCUGCGCAGAGGACCAGAGAGAGUGAGCGCUGUCCGCUAUGAAAUGUGCCCCUGGAAGAUCCCCAUCAUGAGAUUCCCAGCAGCGGUCCUGUGCCUGGUGUUGUGCACUGUUUGUGUAGCACAAGAUUGUGAAGGACCUCCUCCAAAAAAAGAGAGGGAAAUUCUCACGGGUCUCUGGUCUGAACAAAGCUACCCAGAGGGCACCAAGGUCGUAUACAAGUGCCGCCCUGGGUACAGGACAUACGGCGUGAUUACAGUGCAGUGCACGGCGGGGCAGUGGACGGACCUCAACCCAUCAAAAACAUGCCAGAAAAAGCCCUGUGGCCACCCUGGAGACACGCCCUUUGGGUCAUUUGAUCUUGUAGAAGGAAACAAAUUUGAAUACGGUGCCAAGGUCGUUUAUACAUGCGACGAGGGGUACCGAAUGAUAGGAGAGGUUAAUUUCCGAGAAUGUGAAGCGGAUGGAUGGAGUAAUAACGUUCCUCUCUGUGAAGUCAUUAGGUGUUUACCCGUGGCCGAUCCGGAGAACGGCAGGGCCAUCACUGGCGCGAUGGAACUGAACCAGGAACACUUUUUUGGACAGGUGGUGAAGUUUGAGUGUAAUUCAGGCUUCAUGCUUGCCGGCCCUCAAGAAAUCCAUUGCUCGGAAAAUGGUGUUUGGAGUGGAGAAAGACCAAGUUGUGUGGAAAUUUCCUGCCAAAGACCAGAUAUUCUACACGGAGUGCCUCUAUCCUUGAAGAACUCUUACAAGGAGAACGAGAGACUUCAAUACAAAUGCUCUGAGGGCUACAGUUACAGCGACAGAGCAGAGGCAGUUUGUACUCAGUCUGGGUGGACCCCGCCCCCCUCAUGCAAAGAAGUAACGUGUGACCCUCCAAGAAUUGCGAACAGCCACUACAUCGCUGACAGGCCCAAAUACAGACUCGGGCAUGUGGUCACGUACCAGUGUAAGAGCGGCUUUUAUCACUCAACCCGAGGCAGCACGUCACGCUGCACUGUUAUUGGCUGGGAACCUCCUCCGAGAUGUAGCUUUAAGCCAUGUGAGUUUCCAGAAAUAAAACAUGGGAAACUGUACAGGGAAGACCAAAACAGACCAUACUUCCCAGCUUCUGUAGGACAGUGGUACUACUACAGCUGCGAUGACAACUAUGUGACUGCUACACGACACUUCUGGGAUAGGAUUACUUGCACACGAGACGGAUGGUCGCCGAAAGUGCCGUGCCGCAGAAUAUGUGUUUUCAAUUAUUUGGAGCACGGAUAUUCUCCAUGGUCUCCACAAGAAUACUUUCAGAAUGACUCGGUUACAGUUACCUGCCAUCCUGGAUACAGUCUCCGAAAUCAGCAGACCUCCCUGACAUGUAGGGAGAAUGGCUGGUCCCCUCCUCCCAAAUGCGUCCGUGUUGUAACAUGUUUAAAGUCGGAUAUAGAAAUUGAGAAUGGAUUUAUUUCGGAACCUGAAUCUGCAUAUCCCUUAUAUAACGAAGCAAAAUACAAGUGCAAACCAGGUUAUGUAACAGAAGAAGGUCAAACAUCAGGAUCCGUCACAUGUCUGCAGCGUGGAUGGUCCGCUCGUCCCAGAUGCAUCAAAUCUUGUGAUAUGCCAGUGUUUGAGAACGCCGAAGCCAAAACCAAUGGCACAUGGUUUAAGGUCAAUGACAGGUUGGAAUAUGAAUGCCAGGACGGAUAUAAAAACAGAGACGGAGACAUCACAGGCUCCAUAAUAUGUAAGGACAAUGGUUGGUCUGAUACACCCACCUGUCACAAAAAAGAAUGUAUUGUUCCUGAUAUAGAGCAAAACAUAAUUGCUGCGCCCCAGAAAGAACAAUAUAUUAUCGGGGACGUGCUGAAAUUCUCCUGCAGACAUAGACUUAAACUUGUUGGACCAGAUUCAGUUCAGUGUUACAGCUUUGGAUGGUCCCCGGAUCCUCCGACAUGUAAAGAGGAGGUGAGCCCCUGCGGCCCACACCCUGAGCUCCCCCACGGCCACGCCGCAGACACGCCGAGGGAGGAGUACAAGCACGGCGAGGUUGUGGAGUACGCCUGCGGCCCCCGGUUUCUGCUGAAGGGCUCUAAGAAAAUCCAGUGUGUAGAUGGACGGUGGACACCCUUGCCCCAGUGUGUAGAGGAGAACAGUUCAUGUGAAGAUAUACCUGCAGUCGAUCACGGCUCCAUCGAUUCCCAUGCCCCUCCCUACCACCACGGGGAGUCAGUGGACGUCAGCUGCAGAAAAGGCUUUACAAUGACUGGUCACAGGACAGUUACAUGUAUUCGCGGAAAGUGGACCCAACUACCUCAGUGUAUUGCAACAGGUCACGUUAAGACAUGUAUAUCACCCAAGUCAGAUGAUUAUGAGAUAACCCAGUCUGAUAUGGGUAGCUCUGAGGAUAGUAUGAAAGUAAAUUACAUGUGUAGGAGAACGUCAGAGCGGAAACACUCAGUCUGCGUAAAUGGAAAGUGGGACCCCCCAGUAAACUGCACAGAAAUACCAAGAUGUCCGCCUCCACCUCAGAUUCCCAAAUCUGAAAAUAUGACAACUACAGUGAAUUAUCAGGAAGGAGAAACAAUCUCUAUUCUCUGUCAAAACAAUUCUCUGAUUCAGGAAGCAGAAGAUAUCGUGUGCCAGGGUGGAAUCUGGAAGUCAGUCCCACGCUGCAUUGAGAAAACGCCAUGUCCUCAGCCACCUUAUAUAGAACAUGGAACUGUUAAUUCCUCCAGAUCAGAAGAAGAAGGAGGGGAAAGACUGGAGCCCAAGCUCUAUGUGCAUGGCACUGAAUUAGGUUAUGUUUGUAAAGAGGGCUUCAAGUUGACUGGGAGACAUACGAUAAUGUGCCACCUGGGGAAAUGGAGUCGUCCCCCUCAGUGUGUAGGACUUCCUUGUGACUCGCCACCCUCUAUUUCCAAUGAUGCGAAUCGUAACAGGAAAAACAGCUACAAGCAUGGAGAAGAGUUUACAUACAGAUGUGCCCAGGGGUUUACGGUUCACGGACCUGCGUCCGUAACAUGUUCCGGAGGGAAAUGGGGCCCCCCGCCAGAAUGCAUAAAAAGGACUUGCUCUUCCCCGCCCAGCUUUGAUAAUGCCAUACCCAGAGGUCUAAGCCAGAACAAGAGAUCUUAUCAAUCAGGAGAGGAAGUAGCUUAUGAGUGUCAACAAUAUUACCAAAUGCAUGGAUCCAAUGUGGUACGGUGCAUAAAUGGCAGAUGGAUAGGGAAUCCAACAUGCCGAGACACUUCCUGUGGGAGUCCUCCCAAAGUGGAAAAUGCCAAUAUACGAAGCACUAAACCUAGGUAUCUAUCUGGGGAUGCAGUGCUUUAUGAAUGCAUCAAACCUUUUGACCCCUUUGGGGAGGUAGAGGUGAUGUGUUUAAAUGGACAUUGGACAGAUCCACCUCAAUGCAAAGAGUCCAGAGGAAAGUGUGGGCCCCCUCCCACUAUCGACAAUGGAGACAUCACCACAUUCUCCUCAGCGGUCUACGCUCCAGGAGCGUCCGUGCAGUACCAAUGCCAUGCUUACUAUGAACUGCAGGGAAACAGGGAAGUAACCUGCCGUGACGGACAGUGGUCAGAACCACCCAGAUGCUUAGGUAAGUGCCCAUGUGAGUUUCCAGAAAUAAAACAUGGGAAACUGUACAGGGAAGACCAAAACAGACCAUACUUCCCAGCUUCUGUAGGACAGUGGUACUACUACAGCUGCGAUGACAACUAUGUGACUGCUACACGACACUUCUGGGAUAGGAUUACUUGCACACGAGACGGAUGGUCGCCGAAAGUGCCGUGCCGCAGAAUAUGUGUUUUCAAUUAUUUGGAGCACGGAUAUCCUCCACAGUCUCCACAAGAAUACUUUCAGAAUGACUCGGUUGCAGUUACCUGCCAUCCUGGUUACAAUCUCCAAAAUCAGCAGACCGCCCUGACAUGUACGGAGAAUGGCUGGUCCCCUCCUCCCAAAUGCGUCCCUGUUGUAACAUGUUUGAAGUCGGAUAUACAAAUUGAGAAUGGAUUUAUUUCGGAACCUGAAUCUGCAUAUCCCUUAAAUAACGAAGCAAAAUACAAGUGCAAACCAGGUUAUGUAACAGAAGAAGGUCAAACAUCAGGAUCCGUCACAUGUCUGCAGCGUGGAUGGUCCGCUCGUCCCAGAUGCAUCAGACUCUGUGGCAUGCCCGUAUUUGAGAACGCCACGGCCGUCAUCACAGGACAAGUGUUCAGGCCCAAUGACACGCUGGCCUACCAAUGCCUGGAUGGGUAUGAAAACAGAGACGGACGCACCACGGGGUCCAUGGUGUGCGGUGAGGACGGCUGGUCCCACCUGCCGACCUGCUUCAAAUCUGCAGAAAAGUGUGGGCCUCCUCCAGCUGUUAGCAACGGGGACCUCACCUCCUUCCCACUGACUGCGUAUCCUCCGGGGUCAAGAGUGGAAUACCAAUGCCAGGCCUACUAUCAACUCCGGGGUCCUAAACAUGUAACCUGCAGUUAUGCCAAGUGGUCGGAACCCCCGAGAUGUAUAGAUCCAUGUGUCAUUUCUCAAGAAAUCAUGAAUGAAAAUAACAUAGAGUUGAAAGGGAAAGACGACAAGACAUACUACGCAAGAACAGGGGAUGUCAUUGAAUUUACGUGUAAAUCGGGACACAGCGCGGUGACAUCAGAGCAGUCAUUUCAAGCCGUGUGUCGGGAAGGGACAGUGCAGCUCCCCAGAUGUGGGUGACGCGGCGACCCCGUCCGCCCGCGCCGCCUCGCCGCGUGCUCAGACGCUCCUGGCCCUUCCUGUCUUUCCUCCUUCAUGUCGAGGAAAUCAGUACAAUGUGGCCCCUCAGUUUUCAGCUUUACCUUCUCCCACGGGUGUCACAAUGAACGGUACCAUCGUGCGCUCGGUCCCUAGACAGUCAUUACUCACCGUUUCUGGGACUGUGCUACUUGCCUAGGCUUUAAUAAAGCGCAGUGUGG